UAAAUAACUUUUAUCUAAAAGGUAUUUUUGUAUGCAACUCCUAAAAUAUGUCAAUGUUAAUAAACUUAUGUUCUUUAUAUAAAUGCAGAUGUUUGAUAUCAGUGAAAUUACUUUAAAAGAGCUUGACUACCGUGUGCCAGUGAGUUUAACAAUUACAGAAGAUGGCUUCAUCACAGCAUUGGUGGGCUACUUUGAUGUUAUUUUUGAUGGACCUAACAUGAACCCUGUAACAUUUUCAACUGGUCCUUUGUCGACACCAACACACUGGAAACAGACUGUAUUUUUAAUAGAUCCUGAAAUUCCUGUGAAAAAAGAUGAUGUCUUGACUGGAACCCUCACCUGCAUGAAGAACAGAAAAUCUCCACGAACGCUGGUCGUACAGCUGACCAUUGCAGAUAGAUUUGCAUCGUAUAUUAUUGAAUAACUGGGACUAAUGCACGUGCACAUCUGUGUGUAUAAAUAUAUAUAAAUUUUAAGCCAAUUCUUCAAUCAAUUGUUACUUAGUUUUGCUUUUCUGCCUGUUGAAUAACACAAAAUACUGAAAGUAGUAACCAUGUUAAAUAAAACAUUUUGAAUAAUAUCUGAGUAUAA